GUUCUCCUUGACCGCCGCCAUUUUGCCGGGUAUUAGUACAGGAUGUUGGGUUUAAUUUCUCGCCAAGCACCUCGUCUUCUGAGACAACCAGGAUCUUUGAUCUUCAGAAGAUGUCUUGCUGAUGGUGCCCCUGCCGUGGCUCUUACGUUUGGUUCUCCAUCGGAGAUGUUUUAUUCAGAAUCUGAUGUGAAGCAAGUUGAUGUUUCCACGACAGCAGGGAGCUUUGGUAUUCUACCUAAUCAUGUUCCCACUUUAGCAACACUUCGACCAGGGCUUCUAACUGUGCACGAUGAAGCUGGUGCUCAUAAAUAUUUUGCAAGCAGUGGUACAGUGACUAUCAAUGCUGACUCUACAGUUCAAAUUCUGGCUGAGGAAGCUCAUCCUUUGGAUAGAUUUGACCCUCAAGCUGUUAGUCAACAGUUAGAGCAAGCUCAACAAGGUUUAUCAAGUGCGUCUGGUGAGGAAGAUAAAGCCAAGGCACAGAUUGCUGUUGAGUGUUUAGAUGCACUCAACAAAGCUCUAGGACACUGACAAUAACUUACCUUCUCUCUUUUAACCUGAGUGGAUUAGAGAAAGGAUUUGUAAUGUUCUUACCCCAGUGGAAUUCAAGUAAUUUGUGACCUCCAAAGUUAAUUGAACUAUCAAGCUUUGGUACUUGUGGUUUGUAAUGAUCAAACAAGUUUUGUUGAUUUGUAUCAGCUGCUCUUCGUGACAUUUGCAUAUUUUGAGAAAGUGUUUACCAACUUACUCAGGUCUUUCAUUUGCAAUGGCUUUUUCUCUAGUGUCAUUAAAUCUUGUCAUCAUUCAGACCACAGCAGUGGCUACAAUUUGAACUGAUUUUCAUGGUGUCAUUUUGUCUUGAAUAAACUUUAUUUGGUGCUUAUACUUAC